UGUUUGUCACACUAAAUGGUGGCAUGGCAUAUAUUAAUGAAAAUCAUAGAAUCUCCUGACAGCUCUGCUGCUGUGUUGCCCAGGAAACCCCAGCAAGAGGAUGUGAGCAAACAAGUCAGGCCAAAACCCGCCAAUCCGAUGCGAGGUCAUCGCGCAUUCGGUUUACGCUACUUCCGGUGCCGGUGGGCUGGGAUAGUGACGUGUACUGAUCGGGAGUUCUCAGUUCCGACUCGGGCAGGACCUAGAAGAAACAUAAUGUCAGAAGGAGAUAGCGUUGGUGAGUCGGUUCAUGGAAAACCUUCAGUGGUGUUCCGGUUCUUUUCGAGGUUUGGACAGAUUUACCAAUCAUUUCUAGACAGAUCCACACCAUAUGCAGCAGUACGAUGGGCGAUGACACUGAGCCUUAGUUUAAUUUACAUGAUAAGGGUGUAUAUACUACAGGGUUGGUACAUAGUGACAUAUGCCUUGGGUAUUUACCACCUAAAUCUGUUCAUAGCAUUCCUAUCUCCAAAGGUAGAUCCAUCUCUAAUGGAAGACUCAGAUGAGGGACCUUCAUUACCCACUAAACAAAAUGAGGAGUUUCGGCCAUUUAUCAGAAGACUGCCUGAAUUUAAAUUCUGGCACUCGGCAACAAAAGGAGUUGUCGUUGCAAUGGGAUGCACUUUCUUUGAUGCUUUUAAUGUUCCUGUGUUUUGGCCCAUCCUCGUUAUGUAUUUUAUCAUGCUUUUUUGCAUCACCAUGAAAAGACAGAUAAAGAUCGCGCUCAAAUACUCAAAAUUUCUUGUAUUACACCAAAAAAUAAAAACAGCAGGAACCAGGCACACGUUUGUUUUUUCCAACUGUAAAUCUAUCCUAAAACAACUGGACUUGCUGAGUAAUCAUUGAAGACGUUUCACUACUCAUCCGAGCAGCUUCUUCAGUUCAUGUAUCCAUCCAAUUAGAUAUACCAUGACCUGGAUGAAUGAAAAUCUUCAUAAUCCUAUUUCCAACUGUAAAAAUUUUUUUUUCUUUUUCCCUUACUGUGACGAGGUCUCAAGUCUGGUAUAUAGAUUUUAUUAUAAUUAUUAAAAUUGUAUGUACAGAGCCAGAGGCAUUUAUAUGUAAUACUCUUGCCCUUGAGUGAAGGAGAGUGCUUUGUUUUGAGUUAACCAUGUUAUUAAUGUUGAAAUGUGGCAGCUAAUGAAGAACUAUAAUUCUGUUGCAAGUUGCUUCGUACAUGAGAGUGUUUUGAAAUAUUCAUAAAUAUUGACUUGUUUUGUUACUGUC